UGACCAGAGGAGGGAGUUUAAGAGCAGAUAAGAGAACCUGAGCGCGCUGGGGCUGAAGAGAUAAAGGAAUAAAGCCUACAACUCCCAGAGUUCAGAGCGCCUGAAACGCGCUCCCUUCUGGGGUAGUCGAUGUGUGCGGGCUGGGCGCGUCUGUGGAGAGGGAACCUCGUGGUGUGAGCGGAGGAAGCCGGAGGCCGGUAGCAGGAGCCUGCCAGCCUUCCCCUGCCCCGGCCGGCCGCGCUUGUCAACAGACGCGUUCUCGUGGAGCGGUCUCGCGUGGGCCUCCCGCCAUGGCACAGCUCCAGGCGCGUUUCUACACGGAGCACAGGAAAUAUGCAGUAGAUGAUGUUCCUUUCUCAAUCCCUGCCGCCUCUGAAGUUGCUGACCUUAGUAACAUCAUCAAUAAAUUGCUGGAGACCAAAAAUGAGCUCCACAAACAUGUCGAGUUCGAUUUCCUUAUCAAGGGCCAGUUUCUUCGAAUGCCCUUGGUCAAACACAUGGAACUGGAAAACAUUUCAUCGGAAGAAGUUGUGGAACUAGAAUACGUGGAGAAAUACACCGCGCCCCAGCCAGAGCAGUGCAUGUUCCACGAUGACUGGAUCAGCUCGAUUGAAGGGGCAGAAGAGUGGAUCCUGUCUGGUUCUUAUGAUAAGACAUCUCGGAUCUGGUCCUUGGAAGGAAAGUCAAUAAUGACAAUUGCAGGACAUACAGAUGUUGUAAAAGAUGUGGCCUGGGUGAAAAAAGACAAUUUGUCCUGCUUACUCCUGAGCGCCUCAAUGGACCAGACUGUCCUCCUGUGGGAAUGGAAUGUGGAGAAGAACAAAGUUAAAGCUCUGCACUGCUGCAGAGGUCAUGCAGGGAGUGUGGACUCCAUAGCAGUGGACAGCUCAGGAACCAAAUUCUGCAGCGGCUCCUGGGAUAAAAUGCUGAAGAUCUGGUCUACAGUCCCUACAGAUGAAGAAGAUGAAAUAGAAGAAUCCACAAAUCGGCCAAGAAAGAAGCAAAAAACAGAGCAAUUGGGACUAACAAGGACUCCCUUGGUGACCCUGUCUGGCCACACAGAAGCAAUUUCCUCAGUACUUUGGUCAGAUGCUGAAGAAAUCUGCAGUGCGUCUUGGGAUCACACAAUUAGAGUGUGGGAUGUUGAGUCUGGUGGUCUUAAGUCAACUCUGACAGGAAAUAAAGUGUUUAAUUGUAUUUCCUAUUCUCCCCUUUGUAAACGUUUGGCAUCUGGAAGCACAGAUAGGCAUAUUAGACUGUGGGAUCCCCGGACUAAAGACGGGUCUUUGGUGUCGCUGUCCCUCACCUCACACACAGGCUGGGUAACGUCAGUGAAGUGGUCUCCCACCCACGAACAGCAGCUCAUUUCAGGCUCUUUAGACAACAUUGUCAAGCUGUGGGAUACAAGAAGUUGUAAGGCUCCUCUGUAUGAUCUAGCUGCUCAUGAAGAUAAAGUUCUAAGUGUGGACUGGACAGACACAGGGCUACUUCUGAGUGGAGGAGCUGACAAUAAAUUGUAUUCCUACAGAUAUUCACCUACCACUUCCCAUGUAGGGGCUUGAAAAUGAAUGAUUGAUCAAAGACUGUCUUGUUGGGUUCUGCUUUGUUUUUUGGUUAGUGUCUCACUGUUGUGUCAUAAACUAUGUGAAGGAUACUGACUACCCUCUCCAGCACCUGGAGAAGGUGGGUGUGGCAGGGCAGUCUGUAAUCCCAGGACCUGGGAGGUUAGCAAGAGGAUUGGAAGUCAAGGUCAUUCCCUGCUGCAUAGUGAAUGCAAAGGCAGCCACGGUUACAGGAGACUGUCUCAAAAGAGAGUCAGUGGCUAACCCUCCAGUUCCACUGUCGAUACAGAGACAGGAAGUAGCCUUUUAAAUUGUGUACAAUGGUUCGUCGUCUUUCAUGUUUAUAAAAUACAAUAACUAUGUGACCUGAAUUCCCUACCCUGUUCAGAUUCCAAAAACUUAAUUGACUUUUAAAGAUACGGGUUUAAAAUUAAAAUUUGCUUUUAAAGCGUUAUAAAAAGAUAUAUUACAAAUACA